UACAGGUACCCCCGGUCCCUUUUAGAUAGCUGCCCAAUGAAACCUAGGGGAUUUGUAUCGUUUUUGUUGUUUCUCCUUCUGCCAUUGUGACCUAAUGUAGGCAUUCCACAGUUAGUGCGUUUCUGUAUUCUGAUGUCCACUUAGAAGUCUGAGACAGAAACAUGGGGUGUCUUGGGUAAUUUCAUACAAAGCGUUUUCACCUCUUCAUGUCGUCUUGUCACUACCUCUACACCACGCACCUAAAGUCAUUUAAAGAAAAAGUAGUCUAAAGGCGAAGAAAGCGUUUCCUUUCACAGACAACAUGAGUCCGAGCUUGUCAGUGGUAUUCUUCGAGGUGGACAGUUUUUUCGGUGGUGGCACACACCUUUAAUCCCAGCAAUCAGGACGCAGAGGCCUCUGGGUGAAAGGGAAGCCAUGCAGAAAUCCGAGUACCCUGGAGGUAAUUAUGAUCAAAGGACAUCCUCAAGUGCACAAAUAAAACACAGGACGACAGUUCAGCGGAGCAAAUCCUCCUCAUUAGCUAGUUCUCCUGAGGCUGCAAGAAGGGUUCAUCCGCGGCCAAGUGACAAACUCAACCCUAAAACGAUCAACCCCUUUGGUGAACAGUCACGAGCUCCCUCUGCAUUUGCAGCUAUCUACUCAAAAGGAGGUAUUCCUUGCAGAUUGGUACAUGGCUCAGUAAAACACAGAUUACAGUGGGAAUGCCCGCCUGAAAUUCUUCCAUUUGACCCGCUUCUAAUUACUUUAGCUGAGGGUCUGAGGGAGACAAAGCAUCCUUAUACCUUUGUGUCCAAGGAGGGCUUUAGGGAAUUACUUCUGGUCAAGGGUGCUUCUGAAAAAGCUGUACCAUUGCUACCUAGACUGAGCCCUGUGCUGAAGGCAGCUCUGGUCCAUUCCGAUGACGAUGUGUUUGAGAGAGGACUGAGCGCACUCGUACAGCUAAGUGCAGUCGUUGGCCCAUCUCUGAAUGGCCAUCUGAAACUCCUGCUUACAAGUCUUUCCAAGAGGCUAACGGACAAAAAAUUCAAAGAACCCAUCACCAGUGCCUUGCAGAAGCUGGAGCAGCAUGGUGGGAGUGGAAGUCUUAUCGUCAUCAAAUCCAAGAUCCCCACGUACUGCUCCAUCUGCUGUUGAAUAAAGCCAUGCUGCUUCCUCAGGCACUGCUGGAGGCUGCAGUGACCCUCUCCUGAGUUCGCUUUACUCUGACUCCCAGCACCGUUCGUUGGCUAACUAGGCUCGGAGGACCAUGUCCAAUCCAGAGGACUCAUUGUGCAAGCUGUGUGUCAACACAAAGCACAGGUGCUAGUGGAAGGCAAUUAAAAUACUCGUGAAAAAGUUGAUCUGUGAGAGUUCCUCAUCUUGGUCAUCUGUGUGAAUUUAUUGAUCAUAUCUAUGUGCAUAUUUUCCAAUAUAUUUUUACUUAUAGCCCUUCUAACGAUCACUUUAUUGCUGGGCACUUAUUUUAUAUGUUGGUUUUGGCCAUUUCCUGGUUUUUAUAUUUAUCAAGAAUGAAACAAUUUAAGAUAGCAAGUAAACGUUUGUUACUUCCCUAUUAGCUAGGAUGUGCAAAUGUGUAUUUUAUAAUGUGAAAUGCUUGGGGGCAUCUUUUCCUUCCUCAAUAUUCUAGUUUAGAAACCUUGUUUUAAGUGUAAAAAUUCUAUUACAAGUAUAUUGUUUAUUACAACUGUUAAAACUACCUAAACUUUAAGUGAAUAUUACUUUUACAUUUGUAGCCUGAAAAUACAGAUGAUGUACAUGUGCAGAUAUGCAGAAAUUAAAAUCUUUAAACAUACAUAUAUUCAGUGAUACCCCAGUACUUAUUUGUGUUUCAGUUACAUUGUUUUUGAAAACAUAAUUUAUGGAUGCAGCCCAGAGUUUCUCAUGAGCUGGAAACUUCUGGAUGAUUCUUCAAGAGGAAGGAGUAGAGGAAGAGAAAUAGAAAAUGCGAGUGAGACUUUCAAUCUAACUGGCAGGAGAGAGGCUACAGGAACUUGGAUAGUCAAACCAAAUCAAAAUCAUGGCCACACAUUGGAAAACAUGGGGCUAGGCAGUCACUGUGUUAUGUGGCAGCAGCCACAUGCCUUCUAAACACUGGAUAGAUGAUACUGUCCCCACUUCUCUCCUACAGACAUCUGGUUGACCCCUUGGCAAUUCUUGUUUCAGAUAGCUACACAGCUGUCAGUUGAUCGAAAGCAAGCAACUGCUGAGUCACCAUAUACAGACCUGCCCACCUGCCACCAGGGCCUUUGCUGCCUGAUCCUGGGUCCUCUUUCCUCAGAGCUAUAGUACCUUGUCACAUCCUCAGACCAUGCCUGCUCUAGCAGCUGCCUGACCUCAGUCUUGCUUUGGGUUUUUUCUGCAGGCAGCACUACCCAAAGAGAGUGGCAGUCUAGUUUGAAUCCAGUAGUUGAACUUGCUAGAACAUAAAGACCUAUAGCAGACACAAUAGAGUAAUAAACACUUUAUUUUGCUUUUAUUUUUCCGUUUGAGAUAGAAAAUGUGCACGUUGAGUUUACACAAACACGCGAUGGCAGGUUUCAGUGUACAUGUACUGUACUACUCUUAAUUCCUACACUGGUGCUAGCAGGGCAACUCUCAACAUCCUAUCUACACCAGAAUAGAUACCUGAUUUAUUGUUGCAGACAGUCGCAAUUUUCUCCUCCCGUAUCCUCUUGGUACUUGUGAUAUUUCUAUGAAACAGGGAAGGUAUGUGUCUCUAUAGUACUGUUGUGGCAGCUCUACAGUUUGGCUUAAGAUCACUGAAAUGAAUCUGAAUCCUUUAAGCUCUAUGAUGUGCUAAAUCAUAAUGCAAUUCAGAUGAACUGUUCAAUGUCUGUAUUCAUUUUCUAUACAGCUUUAUGUGUAAUUUCCAAUAUGAUAGAAUCACUGGUGUUUUCAAAGAAUAUUUUACUUGAUCUUCACUUCUGGUGACUUUGGGGCAGUCAAGGAUUCUCUGUCCCUUGAAUGGCUUAUAAUAAACAUGCUGUAUGAUCAU